AGAAAUCAUCAGGAGGAAUAUCAAUUGGUACAAAAAGAUUGAGGAUGAAGAGCUGAAGAAGGUGGAGACUCUCCGUAAGCGAGAGAUCCAGAAGGAGAUGAGAGAGCUGAGGGCUCAGAUACACAAGCAGGACCUAAGCUUCAAAGAGGCCGAGGAAGAUCUGCAGAGGAGUGAGCGGUCCUGCGGCGAAGUGUGGAGCCAGCAUGAGGAGCGCGGGGCGCAGGAGCUGUUGCUACGCUGCUUCCUGGAGCGCUGUGGUGACGUGAGGAGGAGCCUAACGGACAACACCCAGCCAAUCAGAGAGCAGAGGCGGGCUCUGGAGAACAACCUCAGCAAAGGAGAGGUGGAGUUGUGCUUCGACUUGUCUGGGAGAGGAGGACUAAACGUGGAACCUCUUGUAAUGCACCAGAUGAGAAAGCUGUGUGAGGACAGGGUCCAGUUUCUCAAGUCAGCGCUGGCAGAAGAUUCCUCUGGAGGAGAGCUGGACGAUGGCAUUGGGUUUAAGGACAAGCCUACUGCAGCCCAGAGGGAGGCACAGUAUAAAGACUGGAUGAAUGCAGUGCAGGUCUUCCUGCUGUCCCAUCCCCCCAGCCACGUGCUGUCCGCUCUGCACUUCCUGACCCAGGAGCAGCAGCAGAGGGCCCAGCUGCAGCAGCAGCGCACCACCCCGGACGAGGGAGCACACCCCCCAACACACAGUGUGGUGAGGAACUCGGAGGACACUCGACCUUCACUGAAAGCCCUCUUUCAGGCAGCGUGGGUGGAGGUGGAGGAGGUGGUGGUUGAGCUGACUAGGACGCGCUGCAGGACCAAGGAGCUGAAGGACGACCUCCGAGUCCUGCUGAACGAGCAGUCCCUGCUGCACGAUGAUCAGGACCCCCUCAAGCACGGUGCGCUGGUCCAGGGGCUGGCGAGGGUGGCCAGGGCUGCGGAGAGGCGCAGCGUGCAGGAGCAGUGUGCCCUCAUGGAGGCCCAGGUGAGCCAGACGGACCGGGACAAGAAGGCCCUGUGGGACACGCAGCACUCAGUCAUGGCACUCAGGAAGGCAGUGGAGAAGAGACAGGAGACGGUGCGAGACCUCAUCACAGCCAUCUCCCUGUCACAGAGACAGCUCGUCAACUUACACGCUGAGGUCAGACAGUUCCUGGGUGGCAGCCUGUUCCCCCUGUAUGGAGAGAUCAUUGAGCUGGCCGGCUUGCUCUCCAACUACGUCUCUGUGGAAACACGGCAGUUUGUCAACGUGCCCAUGGCAGCACUGAACUGCAGAGAUCUCAAUGGUAACCAGACUCCUGCGUCUGAACUGUCCAUCAACCGAAUCAACACCCCUCGAUUCCUCAAACUCUGCAAGAGUCUGGAUUUCCCAAUGUACAAGGUCCCGUCCGAGCUGCUGGUCCACGUGGGCCGCCAGCGUCUGCAGCUGCGUGGCCGUCGAGAUGCCCUGCUCCUGCUCUCCUCCUCCACCGCCUCCCUACACAAGGCCCGGGCACAGCUCCCCGCACCACACUGCAAGGCUCUUCUGGAGAAGGUGCGCCUCAUGGAUGAGGAGCUGCAGAGGAGCGUGUUGCCCCGGGCGACGGCGGUGGUGAAGAGCUGCAGCAAGGGCAUGGACGCCUGCAGCCAGCUGAAGACCGUCAUCCAGCACUGGUGGGAGCAGCCGGCCCAGUUUGCCCUGCCGGAGAUGUGCGUGGAGGGGAAGACCUACAUGCAGUGGCUGUACCGGUGGCAUCAGGCUGUCAAGAAACAGGAUGUUUAAAAUGGACACAUAUGAACACUGUUUAAGGAGUGCACUCAAAUGAAGAAUUUAAAUGCAAAACCCUCUAAAACCCACUACCCCACUACCCAAAUCUGUAAAAUGUCAUGUUUAAAUAGCAUUUUCACCAAGUAAUCACAAUCAAAACGAUUAAAAGUCAUUAUCAUGUACAGUAGGUCAAGCAUAAAUAAAAUUACAUGGACUGAUUUUUACAAAAAUUAUAGAUCAACAGCCUAUUUUUAUAAACUCAUUAAAAAUGCACUUAGAUGGUUUUGCAUCUGACUUCCUCAAAUGAACACAAUGUUAAAAAUGUGUGAUAAAGGAACCCAAUGUUUAAAAUGUGCUCAAAGAAGCGAAGCCCACAACUCGCCUAGAUACAUGCAUAGGCCUACUGUAUGGAACAACAUGUUCUGUUUUGAAAGAAAUUCAUGACUUUGGUGUAAUUAGUGUUCUGGUGUGAAGUGAAUGUUAUGGUCCUAAAGGUGUGGCAGCAAGAUACAAUGGUCGAUGAUGACAAGGCUUUAGAAAAGAGAUAUGUUUGUCAUACAGUGCAUAACAAUAUUGCUAAAUACUAACCUGUAUACUUUGUUUUUUAAAGUUUGUCUUUAAUUGUGAUUGUCUUAUUGUCUCGUAUUGUGCAAUACAUAUAAAUAAAUGUGUGCAAUGAAGCAUUUAAA